AUGAUACGUACUUUAAACACUCCAAGAGUCGCUUGGCUCCCUCAGAUAAACUGUGCAGAGAGAGAUACAAUAGAGAUAGAGAUAAAGAGUGAAGCGGGAGAGAGAGAAGGUGACAGUGACGAAGACGAAGGAAGCGUUUAUAUGUGUGUUGAAAAUAAGGAAGAAGGAAGACGAAGCCGACAUGGAAAAUUAUGGGUGGUGGGAAGAGCCCUCCCAUCGAAGACCGAUGAGCAUCCCAAGAUCUACAGCAUGAAGCUCUGGGCAACCAACGAAGUCCGUGCCAAGUCCAAGUUCUGGUGCUUUCUGAGGAAGCUGAAGAAGGUAAAGAAGAGCAAUGGCCAAAUGCUUGCUAUCAAUGAGAUUUUUGAGAAAAAUCCGACGACGGUCAAGAACUAUGGUAUCUGGUUGAGGUACCAGAGUAGAACCGGUUAUCACAACAUGUACAAAGAGUACCGUGAUACCACUUUGAAUGGUGCUGUUGAGCAGAUGUACACUGAGAUGGCUUCUCGCCACAGGGUCCGUUCUCACUGCAUACAGAUUUGUCGAAUUGAAUGUUAA